AUGUUUGCAUUGCCUAUAAUUGAUAUUACUGCCAGUCAUAUGCGUGCAUCUAUAGAUGUGCAUGAAUUGGAGAUAACUGACAUGUUUGUUCCUCUCUGUCCGGAGUGUGGCAUUCUUCCUCUCAAUUUGCCUGCAAUUUGCAAGGGUGCAUAUCAGUUGUCACACUUUGGCCAGUACUACGUAAAGUGUCCUGGGUAUAUUUCUCCGGAAGCACGAGAGGCUGGUGGUGUUCCGACGUGCAACUACUUUCGUUGGCUCACUGCGGAAAGAGUGCUGCAGAUAAUCUACAACAACCCAGAGUGGGAGGUUGAAGACUAUCUGCGACAGAAGAGAAAGAUGCAGAGCACCUUCAGCGUGUCGGGCGCAUCAAGCUCAUGGACGAUCUGCCGUAUUGAGGGCUGCAGUACCAGAGGCAGCAAGAUGUGCGGGUUCUGUAAGACGCACUGCCAUGAGUCGGGUCGUCAGAAUGUGUGCGGCCCCCAUGGGUAUCGUCCUGUUGGCCUUACACCGAAGGCAUCACGGGGAUCGACGGCAUCAUCCAGUGUGACCAUGCAGACUACCGGAACACCUGUGAUAGGUGCUCCACCCGAUGGCAUCGACAAUCGUGAGGAGUUUGCGCGACACCUUGAUGUGGACUGGGGGCGACAUCUCAUCAAAGAUGCUGGGUAUCCGGUGCAGUCUCGGAUGCCUGCACCAGCUUCAGGGCUUGCAGUCGUGACACCGGCUGAUGCCGUACAGCCGAUGGUGGAUCGCGUGAAGCGCAGGGAUCAAGAGUUGGCAGAGAAGGAGCAUACGAUUAAGGUGACUAUCUUUGUGAAGAAUGACCAGGCAGCAGAGCACUUCAAGAUUGCGGUUUUAUCAAAGGAUUGGCCGAUGUUCAGCCCCAAAAAGUAUGCUAUCAUUGCGCGUGCAUGUGGGAUUGCUGCUGGAGAGCUCAAAUACUUCCAGAGGUAUGAAGAAGGUGUAUGGGUCAACUAUGACGAGAAGAUCCGCAUUCGCAAGGAUGAAAAUGUUGUUCUGCGCUUGUUAGGGGUACAGGUUUGCCAAGGCUUCGAAACUAAGAAGAGGCCGCGGUCUUCAUCACCUACCUCUGGUGUUCAGUCGAAGGACCAACCUAGUCCAACGAAAACGGUUCGAACGAUGCAAGGUCGCAUUGCAUCGACAACAUACGUCCUACAAACAACAGGGUCUUCAAGUUCUACCACCACCAUAAGCCUAGUGGAAGACAUGACUCUCAUCGACUUGAGCAUCAGUGAUGAUGAUGACGAUGACCUAUAUGUGCCCAUAGCACCUGUUCAGGAGAGCAUGGAACUGCCAGCUGUGACCGGUCGAAAUCUCAGCAAUGCUGAGGCCAACACCCCUGGUCGUGGCGAUGGGAUUGCUUGGCCAUUUAAAUGGGCCAUCGACCAGCAUGAGUGCUUUGCUCAGAUUGAAGAGCUUCUUAAGACGGAGAAAGACAUGAAGGUAGCACAAGCGUUUCUCAAAGUUGUGCCGCAAUCCAGCCAUUGGGUGGAAGGCACUUGGCACCACCAUUAUACUGCUUGGAAGGCCAUCAAGGAUAACAUGCACCACCCACUUCGUAAGGCGCUAGUAAAGGCGAUUCAAGCAGGUCGAACGGAGGAUGGAAAAUGGUCUCCUUUUGCUUUGAGAAAGUAG